CUGUACUUCCAGAUUCGUGUCCACCUCAUAGGCUACCACAAUAUACAAAAGAUAGUGGCCCACACAUCUCAGAACCUCAGCAGACGGCAUUCAAUCACCAACAAAAACACUGAAUUUUCUCAGAAAAAAUCCAAAGAGUUGAUUAAUAUUCUUACAUUUCUAUAUAAUUUGGUCCUUCUUCUACAUAACUAUCUUUACAAUUUUGAAAAAUUCCCACUCUUUGGUGUCAUAUUUUUCAUUUUAAAACAUCACCUGUCAAUGAAAUGUGAGAAAUUUGCAAGGGUAUGAUGAGCUCUGCUGGAGGAUGAGUCAGUCAGCUAGUGGUUUAAUAAACUCUCUCCAGCCAAUGUUUAGCUCAGUUGAAUCUGAGCUAUUGGAGCCUACACACAUUGGAUACAACGUUAAUGAAAGCCUCACUUGGAAUACUGUAUACAAUACGCUAAAGAAAAAUACAAGCAAGGUUUAUGAAAAUAAAGCCUACCUUGCUGGUGCUGGUACUGGACGGGAAAAAUUUAAUGUGAAAACUAAUUGGAAAAGAUGGUUACGUGGUAAUGCAACGGGGAAUCAUACUGAAAAUGAGCAAUUAGAAAGUUUUGAUAAGUUUGCAAGGAGUAAUUUGACUUCAAAUGCCAGGUGGAAUAUAAAUGAAACAACAACCGAGAGGUUGAUUACAAAUCAUGUAAAUUCAAGUUCAAAUCCAAUUAGUGAUUUAAUUACAACACAUAGUAAUUCUACAAUUACAGAUAGUGAUUUUAAUACAACAUAUAGGGAUUUUCUUACAACAAAUAGUGAUUUUACAACAACAAAUAGCAGUUUUACAACAAGUGAUUCUACUACAACAAGAUUAGUUGAAAAUAAUGCAAAAGUUGGAUUAAGCUAUAGAUGGAGUUCCGGGAAUAAUUUGAGCGAUUUUGUGACAGAAAUUUUGAAAGAUGCAACAACUACAACAAAAUAUGAGUUGGCUCAAAAUAUGAGAUACAACAAUAACAUCGCGACGUUUACAAUAACAGGUCCGUGUCAAGGAUUACUUUGUGAAACCUCGAACAAGUCUAUGGAUCCAAUAGAGGGCGCUGUGAAUUUAACCCUCGGGAAUGGAACGUCAAACUUGACGGGAGAUCCCCCUUUGAACUGGAGCAUUCUUGUCUUGAUGCUGUUUGUAGUCGGGGGAUUACUAGGAAAUAUACUUGUCUGUUUGGCGAUUUUAAUGGAGAAAAAGCUCCAAAAUGUUACGAAUUAUUUCAUGUUGUCACUAGCUAUUGCUGAUGUCUUGGUAUCAGCCGUUGUCAUGCCACUCGGGAUAAUCAACGAGUUUUAUGGUAAAUGGACUCUGGGCCUAGAACUGUGUAUUCUAUAUUCCUUCAGUGAUGUCAUGCUGUGUACCUCUUCAAUCAUGCAUAUGUGCUGCAUAUCUCUCGACAGAUACCUCGGCAUACGGAACCCUUUAAAGACUCGCAAUAAAUCAAUGAGGAUAGUCAUUGUGAAGAUUGUAAUAGUGUGGGUGAUAUCUCUGGCUAUAUCUAGCCCAAUAGUGAUACUAGGAAUACUUGACCCCAUCAACGUACUCGAUGAAGUGCACGGAAUGUGUGGGAUUGCUAAUAUUAAUUUCCGCAUUUAUGGGUCUAUCAGUGCAUUCUUUAUUCCUCUUUUGAUAAUGGUCGUAACAUACUCAUUAACGAUUCACCUGUUAUGGGGAUUGGCACAGAAAGCCAAUGGGAAUCCUGGGAAGGAUGGGCGAGGGCCCAUGAUGAGGCGAUCAAAAUCAAAAAGUCGACGUAAAGUUUCAACAAAAAAUAAUCAUGUUUGUUUCAAUAAAGAAAUGUGUGACAGUGACAAUAAUCUACACAGUCUUCCUCCUGAAAUCCCACCUCCAAAAAUGAGUCAUAAACUCAUGAGAAAAGCAGCAUUUAUGAAGUCAACAAGUUUAGAUGAGUUAGACUCUGGUUGUACUAUCAAUGGCAGUAUGAGAAAUGGACACGAAGUUUAUACAAAGAAUGGAAAUUUCCGGAAGAAUGGAAAAUUCCGAAAAUUAAAUAGUGCUGACCAUGAUGAUGGACCUAGUGAGUUAGAACUGUUAAAUACAAGUCCAACAAACAGUGAAAGUUCAGACCAAGGGAGCCCACCGGAACAUCACAAAAUUAAAAAUAAACUCAUGACGCCACGUGUGAAAGCUGUGGCAGCCUUCCUAAAUACUCGUAGCAUAAACACAAAAAAGUCUGCAGCUGUAAGAACAGAGCAAAAGGCUGCAAAAGUUUUAGGUGUUAUAUUUGUUAUUUUUAUCUGUUGUUGGGUGCCGUUUUUUGUUGUGAAUGUCACGACAGCAAUCUGUGACAUUCUAGAGUAUAGACUUACAAUGGAUCCGAUAUUGUUCACUGUGUUCUUAUGGCUUGGGUAUGUCUCAAGUACCAUCAACCCUAUCAUAUACACAAUAUUUAAUAAGAACUUCCGUAAAGCCUUCAAACUGCUGAUGAAAUGCCAAUGGGCUGAGCUACGCAACCCUUCACCAUUAAAUUUCUUGGUUGCUAAUGGAUACACCACAUAUGCCGUGACCAGUUAUGCAGCAUAUCGCUUCCGAUCAAACACACCAACUAUUGCAGAAAUGCAGGAGUAUAGCAAACAGACCUCAGCAUCAUAAAUAAUGGAUCUGAUAAGUGGAAAUUUCCAUUAUGAUGAUUUGUGGAAAUUUCCAUCAUGAAUUGUGGAAAUUUCCGUUACAUCGUUAUAUGAUAUAGGAUCCAGAUAUUCCAGUCAUCAUUGACACUUUGGUUACUCUAAAUUAUGUUCUUUAAAACAUGCUAGCUUUAAUUGAGACAAUUUAUAAAACAAAGAUUCACAUUAGAUGAUCAUUAUUCCAUUGAACCUUAGCAUGGAAAAUUCCAUACACAUACAAUUACAUAAUGUGCAGACCCACUGAAUAAGGCAAGGAAAAUUCCAUAUAAAGUUAUAUUAUUACUUAAUGGACGAUUCCGUUUGAAUUAUAUGACUAUAUACAUGUAUCAACUAAAAUACCAAAUGAAUUAAGUACACUUGUAUAGAGUUUUAGCUGUAUACGAUCAUUCUCAAAUAAAAAUAACUUAUUUAUUAUAUUUUUUCAUUUGUUAGUUUGUUUGCACAAACAAAUUAUUUAUAUGUCAUAUUUGAUCAAUUGUAUAAAUGUUAUGUAUUUAUCCCACUUCAACCUGAGCAUAGUGUCUAUGUCUAAAGUAAG